AUGCGUCUUUGGCAACAAUCGCAUAGACCUCAAAAUCCUUCGGUGGGAACUGAUGUUGGAAACAAUGGAAAUUAUGUACCUUCAACUCCUACUUCCCCCACACCUGUACCAGCUUCUGGACUUUUGCUCAUCCGUGUUGUUGAAGCUCGUGGGAUCUCUUUACCUCCCGGUAUAAGACCUCCACAAAUUCCACCACAUUUUUCUUCUUCAACUCCAACAACUACAAGGGGUAACAGAGAUAGUAUGCAGAGGAAGCAAUGCUGGUGGCUUCCUUAUGUGGUACUAGAAUUUGAUAAAAAUGAAAUCUUGAUCGAUGCUUUAGGUGGAGAAGUUCAAAAUCCAACUUGGCAAUACCGAGCAAAUUUUGAUGUUUCUCGUGAGUCUGAUGUAUCAGUACAAAUUUACUUGCGUAAAUCCACUCAAACUGGGCAUCAUACUAAUGAUAUGGGAAACGACGUUUUCUUGGGUGGCGUAAAAUUUGUACCUAGUUUUAAUAAUCCAAACGCCAAUAUCCCCUUGACAAUUGAUGCGUUUGAUUUAUUAAAAGUCAUUGGUAAAGGCAGCUUUGGCAAGGUCAUGCAAGUACGCAAACGAGACACCUCUCGAAUCUAUGCGCUAAAAACUAUUCGCAAAGCUCAUAUCGUUUCUCGGUCUGAAGUUAAUCAUACGUUAGCAGAACGUACAGUUUUAGCACAAAUUAAUAAUCCAUUUAUCGUACCGUUGAAAUUCUCCUUUCAAAGCCCGGAAAAAUUAUAUUUGGUACUUGCUUUUGUUAAUGGUGGUGAAUUGUUUCAUCAUUUACAGAGAGAAGGACGUUUUGAUGAAGAGAGAUCAAGAUUUUAUGCAGCUGAAUUACUUUGUGCGUUGGAAUGCUUACAUGAUUUCAAUGUAGUUUACCGAGAUCUAAAACCCGAAAACAUUUUAUUAGAUUAUUCAGGCCACAUCGCUUUAUGCGAUUUUGGUCUUUGCAAAUUAAAUAUGACUGAAACAGAAACGACCCAUACUUUUUGCGGGACACCGGAAUAUCUUGCCCCUGAAUUAUUAUUAGGACAAGGUUAUACAAAAACAGUAGAUUGGUGGACUUUGGGUGUCUUAUUAUUUGAAAUGUUGACGGGUUUGCCACCAUUUUAUGAUGAAAAUACCAAUGAAAUGUACAGAAAAAUUUUACAAGACGAAUUGAGGUUCCCAGAUGAAGUUGGGGGUGAAGCAAGAAGCUUACUAACUGGGCUAUUAACUCGAGAACCCAACCAACGUCUUGGCAAUAAUGGCGCACAAGAAAUAAAGGAUCACCCAUUCUUUUCCUCAAUUGAUUGGAGAAGAUUGAUGCAGAAGAAAGUACAGCCACCGUUUAAACCCAGUGUGGAAUCCGCCAUCGAUACGUCAAAUUUUGAUGAGGAAUUUACCUCAGAGACUCCCCUAGAUUCUUAUGUAAAUGAGCCGCAUCUUUCAGAAACCGUACAGCAGCAAUUCGUCGGUUUCACUUUUAAUCCUGCUCAUGACGGAUUAAUGAGUGGAAGUAUGGCAAAUUCAGUACAAGAUCUUUAA